ACUGACGACUAAUAUUACUGUCUUAUAUUAUUAUUAUUAAGCAGUAGCUCACUUGUCAUUGUAAAGCCAAAAAUAACACUAGCUGAGAAGCAUCAGCAUCAACAUCAGCAUAUUCCAUGGAAUCAGCGGAGACUGACGUGGGCGCGGCGAAACAGAUAAUCCUCCGAUGGGACUCCACCGUCUCCGAAGACGCCAGGGAGCGUAUGAUAUUCGACGGCGACCGUGAUGAGAUCGAUCGUUACUUAGAGGCCGUUGAUCAUCUCCAGAAGUCAAUGGACUCCGUCACGCUCUCCGACGACCAAAGCAACGCCCUUGAGAUCGCUAUGGCUCGCCUGGAGGAUGAAUUUCGCAACAUCUUGCUGGCGCACACGGCUCCUAUUGAAACCGACUCUCUCGUUGAUCCUGCACUAGUCACACGCAUCGACGGCGAUGGGGAUGGGGAUGAUUCUGACGAUGUCUCCGUCACCGGAGAAUCGGAAGUAGAAGCAACAGAAGGAAGUAGCCGAGGCAGCGGCAGUUAUAGAUCUACUACCAGUAUUCGUCAACUCGAUCUAGUUCCGUACGAAAUCGUUACUGAUCUCCGUAGCAUAGCAGGCAGAAUGAUUACUGCUGGUUAUUUACGAGAGUGCGUCCAGGUCUACGCAAGUGUCCGCAAAUCGGUCGUGGAAUCUACUUUCCGUAAAAUAGGUGUCGAGAAACUGAGUAUUGGCGAUAUUCAGAGGCUCCAGUGGGAGGAGCUCGAGGUUAAAAUUAGGCGUUGGAUACGCGCUGCCAAACUCUGCAUUCGAAUUCUAUUUGCAAGUGAGAAGAGGCUCUCCGAGCUUAUUUUUCAAGGUUUAGGACCUGCUGCCGAUGAUGCCUGUUUUAUGGAGACGGUUAAAGGACCUGCUGUUCAGUUGUUUAAUUUCGCCGAAGCUAUUAGUAUCAGCAGGAGGUCGCCUGAGAAGCUGUUUAAGAUCCUGGAUCUUCAUGAUGCCUUGUCCGAUUUAUUGCCUGAUAUCGAUGCUGUGUUUUCCAUGAAAGCAAUGGAGACAAUUAGGGUUCAGUCGGAGGAGAUUUUGUCUAGACUGGCGGAGGCCGCUAGGGGGAUAUUGUCCGAAUUUGAGAAUGCUGUACUUCGGGAGCCUUCCACGGUGCCUGUUCCCGGUGGUACAAUUCAUCCUCUCACCAGAUAUGUGAUGAAUUAUAUAAGCCUUAUUUCUGAUUAUAAGCAAACUUUGGGUCAACUCAUUGUUGCUAAGCCCACAACAGGGUCUAGACUCUCUGACGAUGUAGCUACCCCGAGUAUGGAUUUUGAGCAACUGGAGGAGCAUACUCCGCUCGCACUUCAUUUGAUAUGGAUCAUUAUUAUUUUGCAAUUUAAUUUGGAGGCCAAGUCCAGGCAUUACAGGGAUAAGUCUCUGCCUCAUUUGUUCAAUAUGAAUAAUGUGCACUAUAUUGUUCACAAGGUAAGAGGGUCUCCUGAAUUAAGAGAAAUGAUUGGAGAUUAUUAUCUCAGGAAGUGGACUGGUAAAUACAGACAGGCUGCUACUGCUUAUCAGAGAGCAACGUGGGUGAGGGUACUCAAUUGUCUGAGAGAUGAAGGGUUGCAUACAAGUGGGAGUUUUUCAUCCGGGGUGUCCAAAAGUGCUUUGCGAGAGCGUUUCAAGAGCUUUAAUGCUAUGUUCGAGGAAGUUCAUAGGACUCAAGCUACAUGGCUGGUUCCGGAUACACAGCUUCGAGAGGAGCUCCGCAUUUCUAUAUCAGAGCAUUUGAUUCCAGCUUACAGGUCAUUUCUUGGUCGUUUCAGGAGUCAUAUAGAGAGCGGGAGACACCCGGAGAAUUACAUAAAGUACUCAGUCGAGGAUCUUGAAACUUCUGUCUUGGAUUUCUUCGAAGGAAAUCCUGUGUCCCAACACUCAAGGAGGAGAUCCGGUUGAAGAGUUGCAUUGGGUUUACCUGUUAGAAUCUAGGAGAAAAAAAUUCUUUGAUUUUUUAUGUAGUAUUUGGUGAUUACUGCUAUACUGGGAUUUACUCGGCCCCAGAUCAUCUUGAGAUCACAUAUAUAUUAUAUGGGACGAAGAAACGGGUCACCUUAAUAAAAACGAUUAGUUCUAGUUACCCAGAAAGGCCUCUUGCCUGAUUGAUUAUGGCCCAGCAAGCAUGUUGUUGCAUGUUAAAAUCUUUUUCAUUUAUUAUUUACAUUCUUAA